GUUGAGCUGGGGUGGGGGGCACAUUGGGCGGAAUUAGGGGAGACCGGUAUUCCUGCUAAUCUCUAGUCCGGGCUCAGGGGCACAGAGGAGGGUAUAACAGAACACACAUCGAUAGGAUCGGAGAGGGAUAUUUCCUUCCAGUCGGAAAUUAGACAAGGGGCAGCCCCAGCGGCAGUCACCGGGACACGUGACUAUGAGAGGGGAGGGAGCGAGAGAGAGAGAGAGAGAAAGCGCCGCUAAAGGAGAACAGAUCAGUGGUGAGGGGCAGUGUUGCUAUACUGGGGUGUCACAUUAGAUCUGUGUCGGGCUGAAUUAGAGGCGCACAAGGAUCUUCCUGCAGCCGGACAUUUCUAUUGAUCUGAGGGCAAGAUGUGUGGCUGCUGCUGCCGGCGCCUCCUUUUUCACUGCUGCUGGACACUGGCAGUUUGCCUCAGUGUUUGGAUGGAUUCAGCCCAUGGAAUUGGGGUUCAGCUGAUCCCUCAGAAUCCGGUGGUUAAUCAGUCUGUUACCCUGAGUGUCACUGGAGUCACUGUUACAAUACGACAGUUCUCGUGGUAUAAAGGUUCAAGUGUAGAUACUAAUAACCAAAUAUUCAAUGUUAUUCCACAAACAAACUCAGUGACACAUGGGCGUCAGUAUUUCUCUAGGGCCAGUCAUUUCCCAAACGGCUCAUUGCAGAUCUCAGGCCUUGUUCCUACAGACCAGGGGAAUUACACAGUGUUGAUACAGACUAUAGAGACUUCAGCACAACAUACAGUUCUCCUGACAGUUUAUGAGCCUGUCACUUCCUCGGUGAUCAGCACAAACAAUAAGGAACCCCAGGAGAAUGGGAAAGUCACCCUCACCUGCAGUACAAAUAAUGCAGAAAAGAUCCUUUGGAGUAAAAAUGGUGUCUCUCUCCCUCCCGGACUGAGUCUGUCUGCAGAUAACAAGACUCUCACUUUCUCCAGUGUCUCUCGCUCAGAUACAGGACAAUAUCGAUGUGAAGCUUCAAAUGCCGUCAGUAAGACUAUCAGUGAUCCCUACACACUAACUGUAAACUAUGGUCCAGAAAAUCUGAGAAUUAAAGGAGGAACACAACAAGUGACUUCUGGGAACCCCAUCUCAUUAGAAUGUUCUGCUGAUUCUGUUCCUGCACCAACCUACCUGUGGAAAUUAAAUUGGACUGUUUUAGAAUUCCAGAAUAACAAACUGAACAUCCAACAGGCCACAUCUGAGAAUGCAGGAAAUUAUACCUGUAUAGUGACUAAUUCAGUGACAAAGCUCUCACAGGAAAUCUCUAUAUAUGUGACUGUGAAUGAGAAUGAUCCUAAUAACAAUCCCAUUGGAACAGGGCACAUCGUUGGAAUUGCAAUCGCCAUCAUACUUGUUCUUGCUCUUGUCACUGCAUUAAUCUUCCUGCUGGGCAUAAGAAGACAUCACAGCUCUUCCAAGAAAGAUACGAAAUCUACCGAGAAUGGUCAUACGAGCGCUCAAGGAAUAGAGAUGGAUGAAGCUGCUUUACAGUACAGCUCCAUAGAUUUCAGUGCGCAACGGGGUCUCCAAAGGAAUGAGCAUGUUGUACCUCCACCUGACAAUACCGUGUAUGCUGAAGUGAGACACAAGUGACUUCCUGCUCCCAGGAUUCCACACUUAAGGAUACCUGAAUUUUCUGAUAUGUCUCCACAAGGGUCUGACAACGACUAUUCAUCAUUACAGGGAAUGAACAUAAACAAGACAUAUCUGGGGCGGGUUUGGAGAAGACCCAAGCACAAUAAGUUCCAGAGUACCACUGUGGGAGAAUGGUCAUUUCCAUGUACUUUGGUACCCGCAGGCUGGUAACUGACUCAGGGACAAGGACAGAUGAGUUGCAGCUCAGACUGAUUAAUGGGCUAAUUAAUAAUGAAACAGGACCCCCAGCAGUGCACUUUUUACACCUCAUACACAUUAUCAGACUCGGAUCUGCAUCAUCCAUGUAUUACUCUUGGGAUGGUCUGAUCACCCUGUACACAAUUAAUUAUUGAGUGGCAGAUUGGGUUGCAUUAUACAGCAAUGUUUGCACAUCAGCGAUCACACUCAACCCAUCUCUGUUAAUUACAAGGACGGCAGAUACAUCUACCUGAAAAACAGAUUGUUCUCUUUCCUGUGAAAUUAAAUUGAAUGGCAUCAAAGUCAAAUGACGAUGGACCUGUUUGUUUUUAUGCAGGUGUUAUUUCCAUGUCGGCAGAUUCACACCAAAGAAUUCUGUAGGGAACGAGACCUUAGAUUCUUUUCUAUGGGACCACAGGCUUUUCAUUAGCACAAGAUCAUCUUCAAACCAUUGACAAGUCACCCUGAGCCAUAACGCGUUUUGUACAGAAAAUAUCAUAUCCCAGAAAUGUUCAUUGCGUUCCUUAAUUGCACUGUUGCGAGUCCUGAAGCUGAAAGCCAGUACAUUUCUGCCCCAAACUUAACAGUGACAUUACUUUAUCAUUGGUCCCAUCUGAUGCACCAAUAUAGGAUCAUAAAAUCCAGCAUGUAACCAGUUUACACGUGCUGUACAUUGAAUUACUCUGUAUGCUGCUUCUCUUCAGCCCUCUAAAUUUUAUUUUAAAUUGUACAUAUACAACAUCUGGGUGCAGAAAAAAGUUAUACAGUAUAUUUCCUAUUUUUAAGAGGUUAAAGCUAUUGUCGUGUCUGGAAGCUUCUAGUGAUGUAUUUCAGACUUCUUUUCAAAUGUGAAAGCGUUAGCUAUUGAUUUAUAUACUAUUGACUGCAUAGACUGUGCGGCACUACUGGUAGAAAGGAGGAACUGUUCUCUCGGUCCUUACGGAGGGCAUCGCCCAAUCAGUAGGAGUAGACCUGCAGCGCAUCGGUUUUCUGGGCAAAACUAGGCCUCUUAUUGUUCCCUCCCUUUUUCAUCUUGAUGGUGUGAGCCUUAGUAAGUGGAAUAAUCUAUAUGGUGCUGUUUAGUGCGUGUUCUAGUACAGUGCUGAUGAGUUGAAGGGUGCCAGGAGUAUUUAUUAAGGGGCAGGGGUUCUUCAGAUCAAUACAGGCUUACACUCGCUGUCUCUGGUUCUCACCGGUAUAGUAGACAACAACAACAGGCUUUAAUCAACACAUAUAUGUAAAUAUUGAUCUCACAGACAGAAUUAGCUCUUAAUAUACUCAAAAAGGAAGGUCAGGAGGAAGCCAUAUUGUUCCCAUGUUGGAAUGUGGUGAUUCUGAGCCCUCCCAAAUUGGUUGUAUGUACAGGAGCAUAGGCAGAUGGAGAUGUUUGUCUGUGAAGGGUCUACUGUACAUUAGCCCCCUAAAGUUUAUACCAGAGUCCCUAGUGUUCCAUGUAAGGCAUAGGCCAUCACUACCCUGUAGGCUUCAGUCCAAUCUGCUGAUAGACUAUGGGCCUGUCUGUGGGCAGUAGUAAUGGAUCCUGCAAAGACAGACAACCUAAUACUCCGUGUCCUGCACAUCUGUUAAGGUAGAUAUAUCUUAGAAUUAUGUAGUAUGUGACUAUAGGGCUUACAUUGUAGGUAUUAUUCAGCUAUUUUGUGCAGUAUUUGUUACCCCCCCUGGAGCAGCCCCUCUUCCAUCUUGUAUGUCUUGGGGUGGGUUAGGGAGGGCUGUGACUAUUACUACCAAAUUAUUUAACCAGUUUAGGUGUAAAAUUAGGUUUUGUUUGACUUACUUAACUAUAGCCACCUCUAUCGGGAAUAUAAACUCAUAUGUGUUUGUUUGGGUUGGAUCACCAUCAUUACCCCCCAACCAGACACAAGAUGGGGGCAACUCUCUAAGUAUUGGACUUGGAAAUUAGUAUUGUUAGUAUUAUUUUUUAUAAAAAGCAUAUUCGCUCUUAUUGUUGAUGAACAGGGUUUUUAUUAAUGUGACGUACAUUACGGACCAAAUAUAUGCAUAUUUAUAUUCGUAGCCCAUAGUGAGAGGCUCCAUAUUGCUCUAUGAUCUGAGGUUGUCUCCAGAGACUUCUAUAAAGAGGUGUUUUCCUUGAGGUCUUCAGAGAAUGUUUCAGAUGAGACAAACAGAAGGGCAUAUCCCAUUGGCCAGGGAAAUUCCACAGAAGUUCAAUAACAUGGGGAGUAUUUCAGAUUAAACAUUCCUAAAGUAGGUCAUAAUUGAUCUAAUGGAAUAUCACCCCCCUCCCCCUUC